AUGAUUGUGAUCCUGCUGAACUGCGUCACGCUCGGCAUGUACCAGCCGUGCGUGGACGAUGCCUGCGUGACCAAUCGCUGCAAAAUCCUACAGAUCUUCGACGACAUCAUUUUUGCGUUCUUCUCGCUCGAGAUGACCAUCAAAAUCGUGGCGAUGGGCGGCUGGGGCAAGGGCACCUAUCUGGCCGACUCGUGGAACCGGUUGGACUUUUUCAUCGUGCUCGCCGGUGCCCUCGAGUACUGCCUGCAGGUGGAAAAUCUCAACCUCACCGCCAUCCGGACGAUCCGCGUCCUGCGGCCACUGCGCGCCAUCAAUCGCAUCCCAAGCAUGCGAAUCCUGGUGAUGCUGCUCCUCGACACCCUGCCCAUGCUCGGCAACGUUCUGCUGCUGUGCUUCUUCGUGUUCUUCAUUUUCGGCAUCGUCGGUGUCCAGCUCUGGGAGGGCAUCCUGCGCCAGCGGUGCGUCAUCAAGCUCCCGGAUGCGGUGUCGCCUCCGUCCUACCUCGCAUCGUCUCCUCGUAACAUUUACUACCGGCUACUAGUUAACCAGAAAAAGAUAAAAACUGAUGUCUCGUUUUACUAUGAGUUUUCCAAGGAGCAAGAUUACAUCUGCUCGAAGCCCGAGGACUCCGGAAUGCACCUGUGCCAGCACCUGCCCCCGUACCGAAUCGGACCACUCGUCUGCAAUGAAAGUGCGCUGCCGUACUCGGACAACGAACCAACGGCGACGUCCUGCGUCAACUGGAACCAGUACUACACCAACUGCACCCAGCUGGGCAACAAUCCGUUCCAGGGGACCAUCUCGUUCGACAACAUCGGCCUCGCCUGGGUGGCCAUUUUUCUCGUCAUCUCACUGGAGGGCUGGACGGACAUUAUGUACUACGUGCAGGAUGCGCACAGCUUCUGGGAUUGGAUCUACUUCGUGCUGCUGAUCGUGAUCGGAUCGUUCUUCAUGAUCAACCUGUGCCUGGUCGUAAUUGCCACGCAGUUUUCCGAGACGAAGAAGCGCGAGAUGGAGCGCAUGCGGCAGGAACGGGCCCGCUUCACCUCGUCCUCGACGCUCGCCUCCAGCACGAACAACUCGGAGCCGACCACGUGCUACGCGGAGAUCGUCAAGUACAUCGGCCACCUGUACCGUCGGCUCAAGCGGCGCAUCAUUAAGAAGUUACGAUUGUAUAAGUACCACAUGCAGAACCGAAAGGAGGGCCUCAUACCGUGCACACCGGAGACGAUCACCCUGUCGCCGAACAAAAUCAAGGCGCACCACCCCAAGUGCCCCCGGAUGGGUGCCCUGCUGCUGUCGAACGCCGCGUCGACCACCAACAAAGCCUGCCCGCAGUCGCUCAAGCCGGUCGAUCAUCUGCUCCAGUCGAGCCUGUCGAUCAACAGGUCCGGGCUCGCGGCACCGAACGGUGAUGGCGGCGGGCCGGUCAGUUGCGGUGUCGAGAAUCAGGUGUCCUCGCCGGAGGUGUCCGAGAUCGUGUCGCUGGAGAACAUCAAAAAUAAUGCCCUCAACAACUCGACGAGCCUGCUGAACACCGAGGACCGCCAGAAGGUGUUGCUACUGAAGAUAAACAACGAAGAUCAAUCGAACGGACAAGAUCACUGUAUGCCAAGCUUGCUAAGCCCCCCGUCAGCAGCAGAACCAGCGCAAGAUAAGAAUGUGUACUGUUUGGAGAAAAUGACCCAAGCCGGUGACGGAAGUAUCUGGCAGGUUAACCUGCCCCAUUCGCUGCAGACCGUGAACACGGUGUUGACCGAGUACUCGGACCUCUGCCUGACCGAUGCAAUGACCUGCCAGGAGUUGCUGGCCUUCUCGGUCGCCUUCUCGGCCGCCCUACCGACCGGCCACGGCACGCUCGAGUCGUUCUACACGUCACUGAAGCGCUCGAAGGCGGCCGAACCGGCCUCGAACCAUCGGUAUCGGCCGGCCAACUCGCCGGGCACCGGACCGGGCACCGCAAGCCGCCUGUCCGUGCCGGAGAUCGAGCGGUUACAAAGUGGUAAAUCGAGUAACGAACCGGGUUCACCCCGGUCCGGGUUCGAGACGCUGGCACCGGGCGGCGGUGGCGGCAUUAACAAUAUCAACAUGGAAGAGUUUGCCUGUUGCUACGAGUACUACCAGCACCAGGGCGCGGCCGAGGAGAAGCCACCGAAGCGAUCGCGCGCCGUCCGCGUGCUGGUCGCGGGGUGGCGCUGCUUCCGGCGCUGCUGUCACCUGUCGCGGUACGUCGUGAAGAAGCUGGUCGACCACAAGUACUUCCAGCAGGGCAUCCUGCUGGCGAUCCUCAUCAACACGCUGUCGAUGGGGAUCGAGUACCACGACCAGCCGGCCGAGCUGACGGCGAUCGUGGAGACGAGCAACAUUGCUUUCUCGGCCAUCUUCGCCGUCGAAAUGGUGCUCAAGGUGAUCGCCGAGGGCCCGUUCCGGUACGUUGCCAACGGGUUCAACGUGUUCGACGGAGUGAUCGUCAUUUUGAGUGUUGUCGAACUGGGCCAGU